AAUCACUUUCUGAUUUCUGUUGACGAUGGUGAGGUUUGUGUAUUCCUUUCUUUCCAAUUAUUUCAAAUUCUAAAGAAAAUUUACUGUGAUUGGAUUUAUUUACCUCUUUUUUUUAUUUCUAUACCUAUCUCCCACACAGGCUACUUCAUCUAUAGCUAUUUCUGAGUUAUAAUAAGUCACGUUUUGAAUAUCUCAUAGGUGAUUUGAUUGCUUUUCAAUCCCACUCAGUUCUUUCCUGUAUUCACCGGUAUCUAUAUUAUUUUGUGUUUAUAGGCCUAGUUUGAGAGCUUAUAAUAAAAUAAAUUUACAAUAGUUAUAAACAAUUUUUCAACAAUGGCUCCAACUGACAGUUCGUGCGCUGCAUUUACAAAAGGGAACUUUGAACUUGUGUAUUCCUUAAAAGCUGGAAAUGAUAUUCCUGUCAACAAAUACAAAUCAUCCAAGACUGGUUUGAAUAUAGUGAUAUCUGAAGUAGAAGGUCCAGUUGUGUACGGAUUUUUUGUUCUUGCUACUGAGUCAUUCGAUGCCGAUGGAUUGCCACACACUUUGGAGCACCUCAUUUUCCUGGGAAGUGAGGAUUAUCCCUAUAAAGGAGUACUCGAUAUGCUGGCCAAUCGAUGUCUUGCAUCAGGCACCAAUGCCUGGACUGACACCGACCACACUUGUUACACCGUGAAAACGGCAGGCAGCGACGGGUUCUUGGCACUACUUCCCAUCUAUGUGGAUCAUAUAUUGUAUCCAACAUUAACGGACUCUGGGUUCAUGACCGAGGUGUACCACGUGACCAAGGAGGGCAAAGACGCGGGAGUGGUGUACUGUGAGGAGCAGGCGACCAACUACACGCCUGAGUCGAUCGCUCACUAUGAGGUGCUCGACAAGGCCUAUCCGGGCGUCUGUGGUUAUAAGGCCAACAUUGGCGGUGACUGCAAGAACCUUAGAGAGUCCACCACUAAUGAAAAGGUCCGUGCAUUCCAUAAACAAUUCUACAGGCCUGAAAAUCUUACUCUGAUAAUUUGCGGCCAGGUGAAAGCGGAAGACGUGUUCAAAUCGCUCGAAGCUUUUGAAAAGAAGGUUGAAUCGAAAGGGCCCCGAGGACCGUUCACCAGACCGUGGCAGAGUCCCGUUGAACCGUUGACAGAAAGCUUCGAUGUAGAAAAGCUAUAUGCCAGCGACAGAGAGGACAACGGUCUUGUGUAUGUCGGCGUUAGAGGUCCUUCCGUUGUCAAAGAUCUUUAUACAUUCAGAGCUCUCAACCUUCUUCUCAAGUACUUAACAGACACAUCAGCUAGUCCUCUUGCAAAAGCUUUUGUUGAAAUUGAAGAUCCCUAUGCAAGCGAUGUAUCCUACGCGUCGUUUGAGAAUUCCGAGUCACUUUUGAUGCUGACAUUCGAAUCGGUGCCGCUGAACAAACUGGGCCUGAUCAAAGACAAGCUGAAGACUGUGAUGCAGGCAAUAGUGGCAGACAGCGAGCCCUACAAGUUCAAUAUGUCGAGGAUGCUGACUGUCAUCCGUCGCAAGAAGCUCGAAUGUCUCAGCAGCUUCGAGAGCGCGCCGCACAAAACCAUCGCUUACAUGGCCAUUGGCGAUGCUCUCUACGGAAACACCAAGCAGGAUUUCGCGCAGCGUCUGAACGAGGUGGACGACUUGGUGCGCAUGGAGCAGGAGGAGGCGGGCUGGUGGCUGCGCCUGGCGAGUGACUACUUGGUGGAUGCGGCGCAGGUGGUGGUGCGCGCGCGCCCGAGCCAGGCGGAGCAGAAGCGCCUCGAGGACGAGGACGAGCGGCGAGUGAGUGAGCGAGUGCGCACGCUCGGCGACCACGGGUUAGCUAAGAACGACGAGCGCCUCAUGAACGCCAUCGACGAGAAUGAGGUCUGUUUAAUAUUUAAUAUUUAUAAAAUAAUAUUAAUGUUUAUUAGUUCAAUAUUUCGAGAACUAGGUAAGCUGGUCAUGUGUAUGCAGUUGAUCGCGAUGCUGGACUGCAGCAGUUUGUCGAAGAGUGACCGCCUGUACUUGCCGCUGGUGUUCGAGAUGCUGGCCGAGAGUCCGGUGCUGCGCGAUGGUGCCGUGGUGUCCCACGAGCAGGUGGUGGCCGAGCUGGAGAACGACACCGUCAGCCUCGCUUCGCACGUCGGCUUCGAGGGCGGCACCCGGUUCGAGUGCGGGCCCUAUUCGCAGACCGCUUUCCUAUCGCUACAGGUGGAGCCGGAAAAGUACGUGAAGGGCAUCCAGUGGUUGCGAGAGCUGCUCUACCAGCUGGUGAUCAGCGAGGAGCGCAUUUCCAUCAUAGCUCAAAAGCUCAUCAACGACGCAUCCCAGGUCAAACGCAAAGGAAACCUCUUGGUCAAAGAGCUCAUGAAGGGAUUGGUCUACAACGACUCAAGCAAUCACUACGCGGUGAGCGUGCUACGACAGGAGGCGUUCCUGAACAGCAUAGUGAAGCGGCUGUCGACGGCCGAUGGCGCCGCCGCCGUCAAGAAGGAAAUCGGAGCGGUGCUCAAGACAAUCACCAACCCCGACCACGUGGUCGUACACGUGGCAUGCGACCUUGACAAGCUGGCCGCCAAGGUCAAGGAGCCCAUCUCACACUGGAAACAGCUGUUCCCCGAAGGUGUCAAACCAAUCAAAAACAAACUGAAGGUGAUAGCGGAGUGGCAGAUGAUGCAGCCGCAGUCGCAGAAGGAGACAGAGGACGAGAGCUGUGUGGUGGGAGUGGGAGCGGUCAAGUCGGGCUUCUACUGCCACACGGUGCCGGCCAUCACCGACUUCGAGGACCCCGAGUUGGCGCCCCUCCUUGUCUUCCUCCAAUACCUCACACAGCUAGAGGGACCACUGUGGCGCAAGCUGCGAGGCCAGGGUCUGACUUACCAUUACAACAUGCUGCCGCGACCCAAUGAAGGACUCCUCUACCUCACCUUCUAUAGGGCAACCGAUGUCGUUCGCAGCUAUAAGGAAGCAGCCAUUGUCAUUAAAGAGUUGCUUGACGAAAACGAAUCGAAAUGGGACAAGGCAAUGUUCGAAGCAGCUAAAGCGUCACUAAUUUUCGAAAUAAUCGACAGAGAAGCCACUGUCGCCGAUCUCAUCUCUCAAUCACAGCUAUCUUACUUCAAGAAAGUUAACUCCGAAUACAAUAGAAACAUUGUAAACCAAAUAUCCAAAGUGAGUUUGAAAGACAUGGAAGGAAUUGGAAAGAAGUACAUAGAAGCACUGCUAACGCCGAGUAAGUCCAAGGUGACUAUUGUCUCCGAUCCCGGCAAUCUGAAGGAAAUCAAAGAAGCCUUUGCUGGAUUUGGAAAACCGUUGAAAGUCUAUGAGACUUUGGAGAAGAGCUUCCUCAACGAUUUAUAGUUUUGUUAGAAACUUUUUGGUUCGUUUUUCUUUGUUUAUUGCAUUUUG